GGGCGUGACAGACAGUCACGUGACUCUGAGAAACUGUAACGAUUUACCUGUGUAUUGUCACACCUGUCCUGAUCGAAACUGACACUCUCAAGUUCUCAAUCUGACCGAAUAUCCUCAACACACACUACAUUAUUCUCCUCAGACGAGGCUCAGAGGCGAUCAGGUUUAACAGGACCCCUGUGGUGUAAACAAACCCAGAAGAACUGAAGUGCAGACAUGAUUCCAGACUGAUGAAUGUAAAUAAGUGUAAAUAAAUGAAGAGCAAGAUGGCGGAGGUGCUGAUCCCUGAGGAUGAAGCAGCACAGGAGAAAACACCUGCAGACGCCACUGAUCCGAGAUCAGCAGGAGAGGAGAACACACUGCAGGAGUGCACAGAGGAGACGCAACACACAGCAGACACAGCAGCAGGAGACUCACUGACUGAUGAAGAUGAAGAUGAUGAUGAUGAUGAAGAUCAGCAGGACUCCUGGAGUCCAGAGAAAGCAGCUCAAGCGUUCAUUGCCAACGUGACCAUCGUCCAGCCACACACACACACACAAACACACGUCCAGAAAGAGGAGGAGAUGCAUCAGUAUGAGCAGAAGAUACACACACACACGCAAACACACAGUCCUCAACACACACACACUCCGCCGCUCUGGAUGAAGGAGAUCCUGAAAGAUGAAGUGAGCUACAGUGUGCAGGUGAUGCGUCUGUGUGUGUGUGUCGCCACGGCUGCAGUGAUUUUCCCUUUAUUGACGUGGGCUGGCUUUAAGCUCCUCCCCUUUGAAGCUCCUCCCCUUGAAAGCUCCGCCCUCCGGCUGGUCUACACUCUGAGGUGUGCUUUCUUCGCCACCAUUCCCAUCAUCCUGGGUGUGUUGGCUGAGGGUGUGUCUCGGCUCAGGUUCAGGAGUCUGCAGCCGGUGUGUGUGGAUGCGCUGCAGAAGCGUGAGGUGUGUGUUCACCGUCAUUACGUGCGCGAGUCGCUGCAGCUCUUCCUGCUCUACUUCCUGCAGCUGAGCGUCAUGGCAACAUACACACACCAGCAGACGCUGCGACUCGUGCCGCUGCUCACCGUCAUCUUCGUCUUCGGCAGGCUGAUCUACUGGGUGUGUGUGGCGUUCGGCAGCAGUGUUCGUGCUCUGGGGUUCUCUCUCUCCUUCCUGCCGUUGCUCGUCCUGCUGGGAGCAAACCUGUAUUUCAUUGGCUCAGGGAUCGGAAAGGAGGCGGUGUUUGAUGUGGCUCCGCCCACCACAGCCCCGCCCCCGAAACAGAGAUGGUGGGGCUGAAGAUCAGAUGAUGAUACUCUGAACACUCAGAUCCUUUAUCUAAUAACAGACACUGCUGGGUUUAAUACAGACGCCACACUAUGAAGACUGAAACAACUGCACUGAGAAUAUAUCACUCCACACAUGAAGGAAAACACUGAUUUUAACUAUGAGGAACGCUUAAUUAUUCGAUUAUUAGGGCUGUUAAACGAUUAAUCGCAUAUGAAAUGAGUUUGUUUACAUCAUAUGUAGUGUUUACUGUGUGCAUUUAUCAAUAUAAAUACACAUAUGCAUGUAUAUGCUGUAUAAUAGCCAUGUAUAGAACAGGUUUAUUUACAUGAUGUACUGUUUAAAUCAUAGGUAAAUACGUUUAUAUACAUGUAUGGAAUAUGUUUAUAUUCAUGACUGAUUUGCAUAAUAUAAAUAUGUUAAUAUUUUAAGUAUAUGCAUGUAUUUGUGUGUAUUUAUAUACACAGUAGAUGAUUAUAUUAUGUUAACUCAAACCCUGAACUUGAAUAUUUACUUAUAUUUAAACUGAAGCCAUAAUUAAGCGUGUUUGUUUACAUUAAAUAAAUAAGCAUUAACAACAUAAAAGCUUCAUAAAACACUAUAAAAUUCCUAGAAACAAUACAAAUAUGAUAAAAAAUACUAAUAAAAAAUACAAUAAAACUAUUUUAAGCAUCAAGUUGCCAAGGAAUUACUUGUUUUAAUUUUGUUUAUGUACUAAAACACCAAAUAAACUAUAUUUAAUAUUUGAAUAAUCUUAAUUAUGUUUUGCAUUAAUUCAUAUCAACAUUUUAAUCCCAAAUUCUUCUUAUAUCUUAGAGAAUGAUGAGCUCAUUACUGCUUUAUUUUAGAUUGUUUUCAUGCAAAACUGAAUUAUAUUUUAAUUCUAUAUUUGUUCAGACUCGCUGUUGGAUAAUAUCUGUAUUUUCUUGUUUAGUUUUACAGUAUUCUGACGUUGAAUGUUUCAGACAUGCAAUUAUCAUCAAUAUUACACCGUUAUAUGGUACAUAUUAUAUUAAUAUUUUAUAUCAUCAUGUCUGUAUACAGUAUAUAUAUAUAAAACUUCUGAAUGUGUUUCUGAAUAGAGGCUUCAUGUUUGAUUUGCAUAUUAUAAAUAUGUUAAUAUUUAAAGUAUAUGCAUGUAUUUAUGUGUAUUUAUAAACACAGUAGAUGAUUAUAUUAUGUAAACACAAACCCUGAAUUUGAAUAUUUACUUUUAAUAUUUACUUUUUGAAGCCGUAAGUAAGCAUGUUUGUUUACAUUAAAUAAAUAAGCAGUAAAAGCUACAUAAAACAAUACAAAAUAGAUAUAAAUAUAAAAAUAAUACAAUAAUACUACAUAAUAACAAUUUUGAUCAUCAAGUUCCAGAGGAAAUACUUAUUUACUUUUUUAAGUUUUAUGUACUAAAACACCAAAUAAAUUAUAUUUAAUAUUUGAACAAUCUUAAUUAUGUUUUGCAUUAUUUCAUAUCAACAUUUUCAUCCCAAAUUAUUCUUAAAUUUUUGACAAUGAUGAGCUCAUUACUGCUUUAUUUUAGGUUGCUAUCAUGCAAAACUUAAUUUUAUAAUAAUUCUAUAUUUACUUAGAUGAACUUCUAGAUAAUAUCUGUAUUUUCUUGUUUAGUUUUACAGUAUUCUGAUGUUGAAUGUUUCAGACAUGCAAUAAUCAUCAAUAUUAUACAGUUCUAUGGUACAUAUUAAUAUUUAAUAUCAUAAUGUCUGUGUAUAUAUAACGUCUGAAUGUGUUUCUGAAUAAAUGUUUGAUUUUCAUAAUAUUAAAAUGCUCAUAUUUUAAAGU